AUGACUUCGACGGCGGCUAAUCAAGCUCCGAUUUCAACUCCGAUCGAUCAUUACAACAAUCCGUUAUUUCUCCACAACUCUGAUCAUGCUGGAUUGACUCUUGUUUCCGAUCGCCUUUCUUCCGGUGCUGAGUUUCACGCUUGGCGACGCUCGGUUCGAAUGGCGCUCAACGUUCGCAACAAAUUGGGGUUCAUCGAUGGUACGAUUCCUCAACCUUCUUCUGAUCACCGUGAUUCAGGUGCUUGGUCUCGCUGUAACGACAUGGUAUCGACUUGGUUGAUUAACUCUGUAUCCAAGAAGAUAGGUCAGAGUUUGCUCUUUAUGUCUACUGCUGAAUCGAUAUGGAAGAACUUGAUGACUAGGUUUAAGCACGAUGAUGCACCUAGGAUCUUUGAGAUUGAACAAAGAUUGAGUAAUAUUCAGCAGGGAUCUUCUGAUGUGAGCACAUACUACACGGAAUUGGUAACAUUGUGGGAAGAGUAUCAAAACUAUGUUGACCUUCCUCUAUGUACGUGUGGAAAGUGUGAAUGUAAUGCAGCUCUAUCUUGGGAGAAGCUUCAACAACGGAGUCGAGUUACCAAGUUUUUGAUGGGGCUUAAUGAAGCGUAUGAUUCUACAAGAAGACACAUCUUGAUGCUUAAACCAAUUCCUUCUAUUGAAGAAGCUUUCAACAUGGUUGCUCAAAAUGAGAGACAAAAGUUGCUCAGGCCUUCCUUGAAUCCUGAUAAUGUUGUCUUCCACGCCUCUGCUCAAGCUCAACCUCAGUAUUCAGAGCCGAUAGACAGUGCUUCUUUUGCUGCAGCCGUUGCUUAUCGUCAAAAGCAACCACCUGUCUGUACUCACUGUGAUUUGGCAGGUCACAUUGUUCAGAAAUGCUUUAAGCUACACGGUUAUCCACCUGGUCAUAAGCUAUAUCACACCAAUUCUUCUCGUGGUCGCAGCUCGGGACAGAGUGGACAACAAUCCAGUGGCUAG